UUUUGGUGAUAAAGCUCCGAUCCAAAUCCGCCACUGCCGCGAUGUUGCGGAACCCGGCGAAGGGCUUUCCGCCGCCGGUUACAGAGCCAGAGUUGAACCUGCGGUGCCCGCGGUGCGAGUCCACGGACACCAAGUUCUGCUACUACAACAACUACAACCUCUCGCAGCCGCGCCACUUCUGCAAGAGCUGCCAGCGCUACUGGACCAAAGGCGGCGUCCUCCGCAACGUCCCCAUCGGAGGCGGCACUCGCAAGAACGCCAAACGCCCCACCGCCUCCUUCUCUCCCUCCGCCCAUGUUCCCGACUCCAAGCGCCGCCACCUAGCGAAGCCCGAACCGGUCUCCAUCCUCUACCCGUCGCUCGACGUCGACUCGCGGCUCAUUGGUAGUACUGCAAGCUUCAGCUCGCUGCUCGGCGUCCCAAACUACGUGAGCACCUCCGCAGUUGGUGCUCAUGGACUGGAGUUACAGAGUCCACAUGGCAACGCCGGCUUCGAGAGCUGGGCAGCGCCGGCGACGCUGUUAAACUACUAUUCUGAGUUCUGGGAUGGAGCAUGGCCUAAUGCCUCCAUCUACUACAAUCCUACUUCCAGUUUGCAGUGAGCUAACGGCUUCAAGUUGAGCACAGAAAGAUGAAGGUUCGAUCCAGAUUUUUGGCUACCGAUUACUAAACUGUUUCUGGUAUUGAGAAUCUGGCGACGUGGAGCUGGAAAUAACUUGUAGGCUGCCUUAUUGUUUGUUUCUGAGCUCCAGGUCUCAUGUUUAACUAUAAGAUAGUGGAUGAGCUUGGUAGUUUUAGUGAUUAAGGUUGACUUGUGCAUACUUUAAUGCUAUCGUAGUUUACAGUUACCAGAUUGUAUGAUUCUAU